GUAAGAUGUCGUCUAGUGGCUCUCCACCUUCCACGCUUGUAUCGACUUUCGAGGAAGCAAUUGCGAAGUUGACCUCACUUUUUGGCAUGAUGCGCAUGAUGGAAGCAGAAAUUAAGGAUCAGCGGAACAAUCUUCAAGCAUUGAAAAAUUCCCAGCGCCUGUCUGUCAGAGGAAGCAUUCAGUCAAAUAUGUCGAGCAGGACGGAUGGAAUUCUUCAACGAAGACUAGAUGAGACGGAGAGAAAGUUGGCCAAAACUUCAGCCGAACUCAAGGCCAAAGAUGAGAAGUUGAAGAAGGAGACGGCAAGUCUUGAAGCCAGUCGUGAGGCUCAUCGAUUAUUGCAAGAAGAAUCGAACAAGUCGAAGGUGUCUGUGAUGCGCCUUACGUUCAAGCUCAAUCGCAUCACACAUGAAUCUGUGAAAGAGCAGGCUGUUCUGAAGAAGAAGCUUCUGGACUGCGAGACCCGACUCGCUACAUAUUCCGAGUGCCUCGUCUGCUACCAGAAGUUUGACGAGAACACAAGAAUUCCACGUGUCAUGGACUGUGGACAUACUCUGUGCGACUUCUGCAUCAAUCAGAUUGUCAAGAUGGCGGGUUGCUACAGCGCAACAUGCCCUUUUGACCGUGUGCGCAUUUUUGGAUUUGGGAAGAGUCGUCGUCUCGAGGAUCGCCCUUGCAAUCGAUUCAUCAUGAAAUAACUGCUCCCAUUUCUACAUUGAAGACUCACUUAUUGUAUUGUGAAUACUCUUAUGUACAUUGUUUUAUCGAGAAUUUGUAAAUAGUAUUAUACUUGCACCUCUAACCUUUUUUUGCACCUUUAACCUAUUUUAUUUAGAUUUCGUUUACAAAAAAGAAACAAUAAACAUUUCAUGUC